AAAUAAUAAUAUAUUGCUUGUGUGCACAGGUCUGUUGUGUGUGGUAUGUGGCGACACUUCAAGCGGCAAGCAUUACGGCAUUUUGGCGUGUAAUGGCUGCAGUGGGUUUUUUAAAAGAAGUGUUCGUCGCAAGCUCAUUUACAGAUGCCAAGCUGGAACUGGCAUGUGUACAGUGGACAAAGCUCACCGGAAUCAGUGUCAAGCCUGUCGGCUUAAAAAGUGCAUACAAAUGGGCAUGAAUAAAGACGCUGUCCAAAACGAGCGUCAGCCCAGAAAUACUGCACAGGUGAGAGAAGAUCAGAUAGAACACGAGCUGGAGCAUCCGUUGGUUCCUUCUAAUGCAACAGUCAGCGCUACUCACCCAGCGUUCAGCCCAGGAGCCAGCCACAGGUUUAUCGCCAGUCUCAUCACUGUCGACAAUGCGGCCUCAAAGAAUGAUCCCGAUGAUACAGGUGAUGAGAAUAUUGACGUCACAAGCGUAGAAAGCGACCAGCGAUCGCAUCAAGGCCAUCAACACCACCUGCACCAACAACAUCCCAGCGCCCUCUACCUGGAGAGCGCCAUCUAUCCCCCAGGACACGAAACGUUGUACGAAUGUUCGGCCAGGCUUCUGUUCAUGGCGGUCAAGUGGGCGAAAAAUCUGCCUUCUUUUGCCAACCUACCCUUCAGAGAUCAGGUAAUUCUUUUGGAGGAAGCCUGGAGCGAAUUAUUUCUCCUGUGCGCGAUCCAGUGGUCAAUGCCAAUGGACGCCUGUCCAUUGUUUGCCAUACCUGACCAUGUUCCAGUCUUGACCAAUAGCAAAGUGUCUCCAUUUUCUGACAUGCGCAUUCUUCAGGAUGUUAUGUCCCGAUUCAAAACCGUGCAAGUUGAUCCUGCAGAAUUUGCCUGUCUCAAGGCUAUUGUUUUAUUUAAAUCAGAUACUCGAAGUCUUAAAGACCCCCACCAAGUGGAGAGUUUGCAAGACCAGGCCCAAGUCAUGCUAGGACAACAUAUACGGGGACAACAUCCAACACAACCUUUCAGAUUUGGCCGACUUCUGCUUGUUCUGCCCACACUUCGAUACGUACCCUCUGAUCGGAUUGAGCGGCUCUUCUUUGGACGCACUAUUGGAAACACACCAAUGGAAAAACUGCUGUGUGAUAUGUUCAAGAGCUAG